AUGGCCGCCUCCACCAGACAGUUCGCCCGCGCGGCGAUGAGAACGACCGCCAGAAACACCUUCGCCGUCGCCCCCCGCCAGGCCUUCCGCCAGCAGGGCCGUCGCUUCUACUCCUCCGAGCCCGCCUCCAAGUCCGGCAACUCGACCUGGCUCUGGCUCACCGGCGCGGCCGUCGCCGGCGCCGGAGGCUACUUCUACACCCGCGAGGGCGGCGUUUCCGCCGGCUCGACCACCAAGGUCGUCAACCCCACAAAGGCCGAUUACGAGAAGGUUUACAAGGCCAUUGCCGACCGUCUCGAGGAGAACGACGAGUACGACGACGGCAGUUACGGCCCCGUCCUCGUCCGCCUGGCCUGGCACGCCAGCGGCACCUUCGAUAAGGAGACUGGCACCGGCGGCAGCAACGGCGCCACCAUGCGCUUCGCUCCUGAGGCCGACCACGGCGCCAACGCCGGCCUGAAGGCUGCUCGUGACUUCCUUGAGCCCGUUAAGAAGCAAUUCCCCUGGAUCUCUUACUCCGACCUCUGGAUCCUCGGCGGCGUCUGCGCCAUCCAGGAGAUGCAGGGCCCCGUGAUCCCCUACCGCCCCGGCCGCAAGGACGGUGAGGCCGCCGCCUGCACCCCCGACGGCCGUCUCCCCGACGCCUCCAAGCGCGAGAAGCACCUCCGCGACAUCUUCUACCGCAUGGGCUUCAACGACCAGGAGAUCGUCGCCCUGGCCGGCGCCCACGCCCUCGGCCGCUGCCACACCGACCGCUCCGGCUUCGACGGCCCCUGGACCUUUUCUCCCACGGUCAUGACCAACGACUACUUCAAGCUCCUCCUGAACGAGAAGUGGCAGUGGAAGAAGUGGGACGGCCCCGCGCAGUACGAGGACAAGAGCACCAAGACCCUGAUGAUGCUGCCGGCCGACUACGCCCUCAUCCAGGACAAGACGUUCAAGAAGUACGUCGAGCAGUACGCCAAGGACAACGAGGCCUUCUUCAAGGACUUCUCGAAUGUCAUCGUCAAGCUCUUCGAGCUUGGCGUUCCUUUCGCCCAGGGCUCCGAGGAGCGCUGGACCUUCAAGCCCACUUGGGCUUGA